UCGUCGCCGCCGAAGAGAAAUAUGGGGAGGACCACGCUCAGCCGACUGGUCAGCUUCGGUCUGCAUAUUUACGGUAUAUGGCCGUAUGUACCGUCGACUGUGGUGUUCAGAUUGUACUGGAUCAUAGCGCUGAGCACGACUCAAGUCUUUCAAUAUCGAUACGUAGUGAUGAACAUUCAUAUGGACGACAUCUCCAAGUAUAUGGAUGGAGUGAGCAGCGCAAUGGUGUCUUCUUUAUUCUACAUUAAGCUCAUUAUCCUUUGGAUUUAUCAACGAAUAUUUUACGAUCUAUUGCAAAUGAUGUCUGCGGAUUGGCAAGAUAGCACUUUGAACCGCUGUAGCUCGCGCGUAAUGAUAGACGGGGCAAAUCUUGCACGUCGUACCUCGAGGUGGAUUAUCGGCAUGCAAGUAGGUGCCGUAUGUUUAUACAGCGUCGGUGUACUCGCAGCUAACGCAAACAGUCCCGAGACAUUAGAGCCGUACGCGCGAGAGCUCAUUCUGGCAAUGGAGCUGCCAUUCAACAUUAGCACAGAUUUUAUUUACACAACAGUUCAAUCCGUUCAAUUUUAUCACCUGUUUUUAUUCGCCUGCGGCAUUCAUAUUAUUAAUUGCCUUCUCGUCACUUUGAUAAUUCACGUCUGUGGUCAAAUCGAUAUUCUUCGAGAAUCGUUGACAAAUAUCUCCAAAUGUUCAGCGGAUUCGAUGGACGAAUUUACAUUGCCAUCGUUGAUUAUUAAGCACCAGCGUAUUAUUAUAUUUGCGGAAAGUAUUGAGACUCUUUUCACGUACAUCGCUUUUAUGAUGCUUUUAUCAGACACAAUCAUCAUAUGCUGUUUAGGAUUUAUUAUCGUUACCUCGCUCAACUCACCUAAUGUCGCAGCAAUUUUGGUAAAGACAUUGAUAUACUACAUUUCGAUGAACGUCGAGGCAUUCAUAUACUGUUUUAGUGGUGAACAUCUGACCGCCAAGAGUAAAAUGAUUGGAAGUGCGGCGUACGAUUCACUCUGGUACGAUUUUCCAGCAAAAGAAAGUCGAACUAUAUUGUUUCUUAUUGUCAGAUCGCAGAAAAGUUUGACGAUCACGAGCGGAAGGAUCUUCGACCUCUCUUUGGAGAGGUUUACUAGCGUAGUAAAGGCAUCGUUGUCGUAUAUAUCUUUAUUCGACGAUCGCGAUUGGUCGGCGAGGCGUUUCACGUCGUUGCUGAAGAGAAAUAUGGGGAGGACCACGCUCAGCCGACUGGUCAGGUUCGGCCUUCAUAUUUAUGGUAUAUGGCCUUACGUACCGUUGACUGUGAUGUUCAGAUUGUACUGGAUCAUAGCGCUGAGCACGGCUCAAGUUUUUCAAUAUCGAUACGUAGUGAUGAACAUUCAUAUGGACGACUUCUCCGAGUAUAUGGAUGGAGUGAGCAGCGCAAUGACGUCUUCUUUACUCUACAUUAAGCUUAUUAUUCUUUGGAUCUAUCAACGAAUAUUUUACGAUUUAUUGGAAAUGAUGUCUGCGGAUUGGCAAGAUAGCACUUCGAACCGCUGUAACUCGCGCGUAAUGACAGACGGGGCAAAUCUUGCACGUCGUACCUCGAGAUGGAUCGUCGGCAUGCAAAUCGGCUCCGCAUCUUUUUACAGUGUCGGUGUACUGGCUGCUAACGCAAACAGUCCCGAGACAUUAGAGCCGUACGCGCGAGAGCUCAUUCUAAAGAUGGAGCUGCCAUUCAACAUUAGCACAGAUUUUAUUUACACGACAGUUCAAUCUGUUCAAUUUUAUCACCUGUUUUUAGUUGCCUGCGGCAUUACAAUUAUUAAUUCGCUUCUCGUCACUUUGAUAAUUCACGUCUGUGGUCAAAUCGAUAUUCUUCGAGAAUCGUUGACAAAUAUCUCCAAAUGUUCAGCGGAUUCGAUGGACAAAUUUACAUUGCGAUCGUUGAUUAUUAAGCACCAGCGUAUUAUUAUAUUUGCGGAAAAUAUUGAGACUCUUUUCACGUACAUCGCAUUUAUGAUGCUUUUAUCAGACACUAUCAUCAUAUGCUGUUUAGGAUUUAUUAUCGUUUCCUCGCUCAACACACCUAAUGCCGCAGCAAUUUUGGUAAAGACAUUGAUAUACUACAUUUCGAUGAACGUUGAGGCAUUCAUAUACUGUUUUUGCGGUGAACAUCUGAGCGCCAAGAGUAAAAUGAUUGGAAGUGCGGCGUAUAAUUCUCUCUGGUACGAUUUUCCAGCCAAAGAAAGUCGAACUAUAUUGUUUCUCAUUGUCAGAUCGCAGAAAAGAUUGACGAUCACGAGCGGAAGGAUUCUCGACCUUUCUUUGGAGAGAUUUACUAGCGUAGUAAAAGCUUCGUUGUCGUAUAUAUCGGUACUUUUGGCGAUGUACUGAAGAUGAGUGAUAUAUUGAGAUAUAAUUGUUGUUGUUACGUGGUUAACUAUUUUGGAGGUCUGGGAAAUGGAAUAAAGCUUGUCCUCUUUAUUGCACACACCAACGUUAUUUUAUUGCAAAAAAUGGCGAUAUAUCGAUAUCUUGUCUUGUCGGAACUCGUGGGACUAGUGCGUGUUACAGCGGCCUUUAAAUAGGGAAUAGUGUACACAAGUGUAUAAUGUGCAAGUGAACUUUCACUCAG